AUGGACAUUGAUGACGAGCUGAGUCAGUGGUAUGAGAAGAUACAAAGUUUCGACAACGAAUGCCAUCUUCUCUGCCCCCGUGUCGGCGAAGAUGAUAAUGAAAAUUACAGAGUCCUCGAGGACCCCGAUUCUGCGAUAAGCCAAGACGAAAAAAAGAACCGAAUCCAGCAGGGCAAGGAGCGAGUUGAGAUUACAUACUGGAAUUGCCUAAUUUUUGGUUUCGACAAGGAGAAUCAAGGAAAAUGGGGAGAGGAGCUCGGCUCAAGGCUUAAUGCUUGCAUGCAGAGCUGCGCAGAUUGUGUUUACAACUGGCAUAUGAACCGCAAAGCCCUUCUGCAACAAUUCCAAGAGCGAUGGGAUGAAGUGGUGGUUGCCCAACUCCAGUCUGUGUUCGAACGCAGAGAUGUCGACCGAAUUGACACAAAUCUCCGGUGGGCGAAGGCAUUUAUCGAAAAGAUCGUGGUGAACGGUGCUCCGUUCAAGAAGUCGCAGCUCGGCGAACGUUUGCCUGAGGUUCACAUCUCUGUAUACGAAGCUUUGUGCUGCAUGCCUUAUAUGGAGGAUCCAGAGCGACGUGCCACUUUUCAAUAUGUUUUCCAGCGCCUUCAAGGCAAAAAUGGCCUUAAGCUCGGAACUAAAGAGCCAUUGCCCGGUAUGACAUUUUUCAUUUUCGACAUGAAGAAUCAAGAUCGUCGCAAGUGGGCAACAGACAACUACCAAACUCUUGAUAGUAAUGCCAUGACCCUGGAACAAUUCGAUUGGGCUGUCAGCGGCGGCCUGACAAGAGCCAUCGAAGAUAUUAGUAGAAAAGACCCGCAAGCCUUAGAUUCAUGGCCUGAACUGGAGCAGUUCUGGCAAGGCUUCAACGAAAUACUCAGAACUCUGAGUCCGGAGGUUAUUACUCAGAGUCUACGGAAUCUCGAGCUCAGACCUGGAAGUUUUCACGUCUAUGACCUUCUCUUCCGCCAUAUUCAGUUUUGCCCUGCAGAAAGCGUCUUGGUCAUGACCAUCACGAUCUUGACAAGCUUUCUCAAGAAAGCCCCCAGGGCUUUCUGGGACGUUAUCGGCGAUGCCCGGCCCAACGUGAUCGCUGAUCUUCUUUUUGGAAGCCCGAGCUACAAGAAGCUGCUUAGCCAAUCCCUGGACGAUUGCUGGACUGGUUUUGACAGUGGCUCGUCACUUGUGCCAUUCCCCACGUCCUGGGUUGUUCCAUGGCUACAUUCAAUUGGCCGCGACCGCAGGUACGAUGCUUGUGAGGUCCUAAUGCACACGUUGAUAGAGUCCCUUGCCAAAGAUCAAACUAUCGGGGAACCAGGCCGAGCUGCUUGUAUUCGAGCUGGUUUUGAUGCGCUACAACUCACGAUGUCAACCUUUGUUGACCAAGAAACCAAAAUUGGUACAGGAAGCAUUCAUCUCUACGCCUGCUGUGUAUUCAACCUCUCAAUGAAAUACAAGGAUCUCAUCCUAAGGAAUUUGCGUGCCCCCGGCCAAGAAAGGGAGGGUUGGCAGACCUUCCAAGUGGCAAACGCAGCUAAGAAGGUCAUGCAGACUGCUAUGAAAUUGGAUAUGAAAAUCUAUGCGGAGGAAUACAUGGCGUGUCUUGAGGACAAGCAACUCCAGUCCGCUGUCACGAGGGACUCGAAGGUCUUCUGGCAGGGAGUCGUUGAAAUGUUUGAUGUGUCCACUGAUCAAAUUGACUUGGCAAGGGACAUCAUCUUGUCAUUGGAGCCUUUGAUUUGUGUCGAGCAAAUAAGACCGUUAAAGAGCGACGACAAACUGAGCGACUCAAGCAAAAACUUCAACAAAUCUCUUGCUGCAACACUGGAUAUCCUUAGUAACCUCCUAGGCAGAGUCUCUGAGCUGGAUGCCACCGACUUGAACACACUGUUCAACGAUCGACUUGCUUUCCAAGGUACUAUUACUCUCUCCACCCAUGGAGAGUCAGGCUUCGCCGGAGCGGUUGCCGAACUCCUCAAAAGCUGGACUGGGGAGCUUUCCCAGAGCGGUGCAUUUGAACAAAUGGUUCAACUACACCCCGACCAAACGCUGUCGUCUAUAGUGUGGGCUCUGGAGCGAGUCUUGAAGCCCCCUAAUCCAUGGGGCCCUAUUCGGCCAAUUCUGAACAUGAGUCGAGAUAUUCUUCGCGGACUGACAGAUCCCAGUUCCGGAGUCUUGCGAGUCAAAACCCUUGAGCCCAUGUCGGCUGCUAAAGUCCUGCGUUGGUGGAGCGAACAAUGGAGGUUUGUUUCUACCGCAUGCAGGAACAUCGAGGGAUGGUCACGGUAUAUUCAGAACGCUGUUAUGACCGAGUUUUGCCGAGAAAUCAUGGAGCUUGCUGAGGCUCUCAUUGCAGAAGAUGGCUUGAUCGCUUCAGCUAUCUCCAAGGCUUUGAACAAAAGUGAAAAGGACACUAUGUCGCAAAUCCUUAUCCCCGCGAAACAGCACUUUGGCGGAAUGGAGAAUAUGAUUCGGUUGAAGGAUAAGUGGCUUGUUGAUGUCACCGUCAGAGUGUUAUGCAAGAUUCUCACUCGACUUCGAGAGAAUAAUCAUGAAAUUAACCCUGCCUCACGGAAACUGAUCACUGAUGCAUCCUUACCUACUAGUGUUCCUGGCAAGUAUGUCAGGUCUACCAACAUGUCCGACCAGCAACGGGCGGAACUUCUUCAGGGUCUUGGACAGACAGACGAAGAAAUACAGAUCUAUCAGCUGGGAGUCGCUCAGAAGGGAGCAGUAGCACACAAGGCCAUGGAGGUAACUAAGAAGCAGAGUAAACUCGAUGCAUGGUCAAAGUCUGGCACAUCAUCUAGUGGCACUAUUACAACACCAUCGUCUAGAUCCAAUCGCGACGAUGUGCUCGCCCUCAGCAGAUCCAUUGAUAGCCCCAUCCUUAAGCAGUUGGAGGCACAAAAAGCCAAGGAACAGGCCAAGGCCAAGGCCAAGGCCAAAGCAAUGAUUAGACCCAAGUCUAAAGUGCCCGAUCAGAAGGCUAUUUCUGCAUUGAAAGAGAGCAGACAGAAAGAGAAGCUUGAGAAAGCAAAGCGUGAUGCGGCGGCUAUCGCGAAAGCCAAGGCUCUCCGGGGUGAGACUGUCCCUGGCGAGGGAUCUGGUUUGCUUGGUCUCGGUCUUAUUGGCAAAGAUCACGGCAAGAGCGAAAUAAUGGUCAACAGCUCAGACGAAGAAUCUGAGGAAGAUGAAGAUGAAGAGUCGGGCAUUGACGAUGAGCUUGCCGCUCUAAGUACCGGAGGCCAGAAGACUUCGGAUGAGGUUGAGAGACGUCGUCAGAAGAUUUUGCUAGACAAGUUGCGAAGGCCAGUAAAGAAGGUCAGACAACAGCGCUCCGUAAAGGAGAUGAGGGCGAGGUUGAUCCCUCCUAUGGACCGACUGCACAACACUAUCCUAGCUUGGGAUAUCUUCCAUGGUGGUAACGACCCUCCCAACGGCCCGGCAGCCUCCGAAGUUGCCACCAAGUAUUCCAACCCCAGAACCUACCAGGACACCUUCUUUCCCCUACUGGCCUCUGAAGCCUGGCGUUCUUUUGUCACAGCAAAGGAUGAAAUAACGACACAGCCCUUCGGUAUGAAGAUUGCCAGUCGUGCCAGUGUCGACAGCUACCUCGAGGCAACGUUCACGAUGCCUGUUGUUCAAAGAAGGGAGCGUGGCGUUUCCGAAGGCGACAUUCUUCUUGUCUCGGAAUCAGAAAAUCCUCUAGCCGACCGAACUGCUCGACACUGCUUGGCCAGAGUCCACCGUACCACCUACAAAAAGGAAAUGAUUGAGAUUACAUAUCGUGUGGCCUCUCGAAACAAUCCUAUGACGCAGGUGCUAACCCCCAAUAUAAGCGUCUUUGGAGUGAAGAUCACGAACAUGACUACGAUCGAGCGAGAGUAUGCUGCAUUGGAGAGUCUACAGUACUAUGAUUUGAUGGAUGAGAUUCUGAAUGCCGAGCCAUCCCCUAUUCUCCGAUACAGCGAAGAAAAGACCAGUAACUGUAUGGAGAAUUACUCUUUGAACAAAGGACAAGCAAUGGCUGUUCUAGGCGCGCACGACAAUGAUGGUUUCACCCUCAUCCAGGGUCCCCCCGGCACUGGAAAAACCAAAACUAUUGUGGCCAUGGUUGGCACCUUGCUUUCGGAACAACUGAGUCAAGUAGGCAAUCAGGGCACUCCCAUUGGUACACCCUUGCGACCGAACGGCGCACAAGGUGCAAACAACCAAAACCGAUCGAAAAAGCUCCUCGUUUGUGCGCCCAGCAAUGCGGCCGUAGAUGAGUUGGUGCUUCGAAUGAAGGCCGGUGUCAAAACGAUUUCCGGAAAGACCAAGAGUAUCAAUGUGCUUCGAUUGGGUAGAAGCGAAGCCAUCAACGCCGCUGUAAGGGAUGUCACUCUGGAUGAAAUGGUCAAGGCCCGCCUCGAGGGCGACCAAACCAAAGACAAGGCCAAGUCCGACCGUGACAAGCUCCACGAGCAAGCCGCAAAACUCAAAGAAGAAUUGUCUAUGCUACGUCCGCAACUGGAGGCAUCAAGGAACGACGAGGACCGGUCCGUUUACAACAGGCUGUCUCGAGAGUUCGAUGAAAAGAAGCGACGUCAAAGGACCAUCGGCGAGAAAAUCGAUGCCGACAAGAGCAGCGGCAACUCUGUGGCUCGUGAGAUGGAAUUACGCCGUCGACAAGUUCAACAAGAGAUCUUAAACAACGCACAGGUUCUGUGCGCAACUCUGAGUGGUAGCGGUCACGAAAUGUUCCGAAAUCUGGAUGUCGAGUUUGAGACGGUCAUUAUCGAUGAAGCUGCCCAGUGUGUGGAGUUGAGCGCGUUAAUUCCACUCAAGUACGGCUGCUGCAAGUGUAUUCUCGUCGGAGAUCCCAAACAGCUUCCCCCCACAGUUCUGUCACAGUCAGCAGCCAAGUUCGGUUACGAUCAAAGUUUGUUCGUCCGAAUGCAGCAAAACCACCCCCAAUCGGUCCAUUUGCUGGAUACGCAGUAUCGUAUGCAUCCCGAAAUCAGCAUGUUCCCAAGCCACGAGUUCUACGAAAGGCAACUUGCCGAUGGUCCAAACAUGCACAUACUUCGGCAGCAACCAUGGCAUCAGAGUGCGCUGCUUGGUCCCUAUCGUUUCUUCGAUGUUCAAGGUGUCCAGGAGCGAGGCCACAGAGGCCAAUCUCUGGUCAACACCAAGGAGCUGGAUGUCGCCAUGCAGAUGUAUGAUCGAUUCAGCAAAGACUACGGCAGUUGCGACUUGACUGGCAAGAUCGGUAUUAUCACACCCUACAAAGCCCAGCUUUAUGAGUUGAGAAACCGCUUCCGGGCACGGUAUGGCGAGAAUAUCACGGAUAUCAUCGAGUUCAACACGACCGAUGCUUUCCAGGGUCGCGAAUGUGAGAUCAUUAUCUUCUCUUGUGUUCGUGCCAGUUCUACAGGUGGUAUCGGUUUCAUGACUGACAUCCGACGUAUGAACGUCGGUCUGACACGUGCCAAGUCGUCUCUAUGGAUUCUUGGUGACUCAAGGGCACUUGUUCAAGGCGAGUUCUGGCGGAAACUUAUAGAGGAUGCUAAGGACAGAAAACGAUACACUAAUGGUGACAUCCUGUCAAUGUUCAAGAGGCCCUUGGAGAAGGCUGAGCCUGGUGCUUACCUUCCACCGCCGCCUAAAGCGCAAGACCGAGAAGUCGUAAUGCGGGAUGCAUCUCAUGCCACGUCCUCAAUUCCCUCAUCACGAUCGAGCUCUCCCAAGUUCGCGGCAGCCCAACAACCAGCUGUAUCGUCUCCGAUAGCUGGCAUCGGAGAUGACGAACAGGCUGGAGUUAGGCCACGCUCUGCCGGGCCUCCCGUGAUACAUACCUCAUCAGGCAAGCCGUCAGGAGAAGUCAGGAAACGACCUCACGAUGGACCUGACGCAAACCAGCCGGUGACCAAAAGAAUAGCAAGUGACAAGACUCGAGGUGGUGGCCUCAUGGGCAAGUUUGGAUCAAAGCCCCAACGACCGCCGCCCAAGGCCCCAACAGAUCCUUCGGCGAUGUCAGUGAUGGGAUUGGCACCCCCUGAAAGACCAGCCGCGGCAGCCCCGACCGGCCCGCCGAUACCAACCGGUCCCAAGAUUCCGACAGGCCCCAAAAUCCCGACAGGUCCCGCAAAUCCAGGACCCCAGCAGUCUCACGAUGGUAAUAAUCAGCUACCAAGACGUCCACACCCACCGCCAUCUCGAAAGAAGGGAAAACCGAGCCUCUUUGUCCCCAAGAGGCGGUAG